AUGACUUCAUCAGUUGCAAUCGUGACGGGCGGCGCCGGCGACAUCGGACAAGCAAUUGCGGUAAAACUGAGUGAGACCCACGACCGAGUGAUACUGGUUGACAUCGACGAGAGGAGUCUUACCGCAGCACUAGAUGUGCUUGGCCGGGGCAAGUUCAGCGGCCAGACGUGCGACAUCACAGAUAGCAAACAAGUAGCAGAGCUUGCUCGCCGGGUUCUCCCGCAGGAAGAAGCAAAGGGAGAACACGACGAUGAUGAAGAAAAGGAAGAAGAGAAAGCAGCAGUAGUACGGGGGAAUGAAGGGAGUGGUCUUGUCGUGCGGACGCUGGUCAACAACGCGGGCGGCACACGGGCGUUUAGCCUGCACGACAUGACGCCCGAAGAAUGGAGAAGAGAGACUUCACUCAACCUCGACGGAGCCUUCUUGUGCUUCAACGCCUUCCAGCACUCGCUCAGACGGGCCGGGGGAUCGAUAAUAAACGUUGCUUCGGUCAACGGCCUGUCCGUCUACGGGAACCCUGCCUACAGUGCUGCAAAGGCCGGGCUCAUCCACCUCACCAAGUCUAUCGCCGUGGAAUAUGGCAAGUUUGGCAUAAGAGCUAAUGCCGUGGCGCCCGGCACGGUACGCACCGCACCCUGGGAGAGCAGGGCAAGCAAAAACCCAGACGUCUUUAAGGAUGUGGCUCAGUGGUACCCGCUUCAACGCCUCGUCGAACCACACGACGUAGCAAACGCAGUGGCCUUCCUAAGCAGCGCCGAGGCCUCUGCUAUCACGGGCGUCUGCCUGCCCGUCGACUGUGGUCUCACUGCCGGCCAUGCAGCCGUUGCUCGGACUAUUACGCAGUCAGACCACUACUAA